GCUCUGCUGCCCUGAGAAAAUCACAUGCACUGGCUGGUGGUGCCCAAACUCCUGGAGCUGGACACACACACACACACACACACACACACACACACACACAACAAGCAGCACUCACAGCCGCAGUUACAGGGUGUUCCUGGAACCCAGAGUGGUCGCGAGUGUCGCGGAGUGUCGCCUACCGGCAUCUACGUGCCACCCUGGAGCCCAUCAGGUAUAGACACUCGGGCGUGGAAGCCCAUCCACCGCAGGGACACGAAGGAGUCGCGCGCUCCCGCUGUUCACACUCGGCGCCCUGCUCCAGGGCCUAGCCCGGCCACACCCCUCCUCCUCGAGUCUCUGCCAGUCGUUCCUGCCCCUCUCACACACUUCAAGUCCCCUGGGGGGUCCUCGCACAGCCUGGCGGGGCCAAGUUAGGGCUGGCCUGGCUGGAGAUUCAGGUCCGGAGCCAAAAAUCGACGCCUUCUCCGAGUGCCGUCCCCACAGAGCUGACUCGCCGGGCUGAACUCGGGUUGCUGGAGCGUGGGGUUUGGCGCCCAGCCCCUCUCCGCCAGAACCCCACAGCCGCAGCAGGCUCCCGACUGCCCCGGGUCCCCGCCCCCCGCGCGGAGAGUAGUUACCGAUGGUGGUGAUGACGGUGAUGGCGAAGUAGAAGGAGCCGGCGAAGCGCCACUGUACGCCGGCCUUGUGCGGCUUGAGGCGCAGCACGACGCGCUCGAGCUCCUCGUAGCCGCCCUGGCUGAGGUUGUAGCGCGCCCGCAGCUCCUGCUGCCGCAGCUCCAGCCGCUCCCGCUCGAUCAUCUCGGGCUCUGAUUCCAGCGCGUCGAAGACCGCGGCGCCCACCAGCAGGAACCUGACUGAUGGCAUGGAAUGCCCUUUUUUUGGCCAUCUCCUGAGGGUCGAGGCCUUGACCUUCCUGACCAGAAAUGAAAUCCUGUGCAUCCAUGACACCUUCCUGAAGCUCUGCCCUGCAGGCAAGUACUACAAAGAAGCCACACUGACCAUGGACCAGGUCAGCUCCCUGCCAGCCCUGAGGGUCAACCCUUUCAGAGACCGCAUCUGCAGAGUGUUCUCACACAAUGAUGUGUUCUCCUUUGAGGAUGUGCUGGGCAUGGCCUCUGUGUUCAGUGAGCAGGCCUGCCCCAGCCUGAAGAUCGAGUAUGCUUUUCGCAUCUACGAUUUUAAUGAGAAUGGUUUCAUCGAUGAGGAGGACCUGCAAAGGAUCGUGCUACGACUGAUGAACAGCGAUGAUGUGUCCGAGGACCUGCUAGCGGACCUUGCCCACCACGUCCUGAGUGAGUCAGACCUGGACAAUGACAACAUGCUGUCCUUCUCAGAGUUUGAACAUGCGAUGGCCAAGUCUCCUGAUUUCAUGAAAUGGAAACCAGAACUCCCCACUCCAACAUGGCAGCCAGAGGGCUUGUAGCUUGGGUGGACCCUGAGGUACACACUUGGGGGCACCUUAGUCAAAGGUAAUUCUUCCUCCACAAUAGCCCAGCCCAAAAUUGAAGCUGGUAUCUGGUCUGCCCUGUAUUUUUCUCUGAAUCACUACCAUUUUCUUUCCACUGGUUCCAAUACCAAAAGAUUCUAAGACCUUUUGCAUUCCGGUGUUGCUAAAAUAAGCUGAAAGAAGUUUGGUUUGAGCCAUUAACCAGAGAAAGGGACAUGAGAGGUGGGCCAAAGAGGAUGCUAGGAUCAUAGAGAGCCCAGAGUUAAAGGGCCCCCUAGAACCAUAGGCUCCAGAUAAGUCACUGGAUUCUUCCUUUCAGCUCCUUUCGGAUUCACUUCUGGGGAUGUUGAUGUGCCACAAACUCCUGAUCUGGCAGCCUCUAGGAGACCCUGGAAUCAGCCCCCCUCCAGGCACUAUGAGAUCUGACUUGAAACAUGACUUUAUCCCCC